ACUGGCUCUCAGUCCCCUGGCGUCAUCUGACCAUGUCCCUGGUGGAGGCCAUCAGCCUCUGGAAUGAAGGGGUGCUGGCAGCUGACAAAAAGGACUGGAAGGGGGCCCUGGAAGCCUUCAGCACAGUCCAGGAUCCUCACUCGCGAAUUUGCUUCAACAUUGGCUGCAUGCACACAAUCCUGGGAAAGAUGCCAGAGGCGGAGAAGGCUUUUACCAGGAGCAUUAACCGGGACAAGCACUUGGCGGUAGCUUACUUCCAGCGAGGGAUGCUCUACCUCAAGAUGGAGAAAUACGACUUAGCUAUUAAAGAUCUUAAAGAAGCCUUCACUCAGCUUCGUGGGAACCAGCUGAUUGACUACAAGAUCCUGGGGCUGCAGUUCAAGCUGUUUGCCUGUGAGGUGUUAUAUAAUAUCGCUUUCUUGUACGCCAAGAAGGAAGAGUGGAAAAAGGCGGAAGAGCAGUUGGCAGUAGCCAUGAAGAUGAAGUCAGAGCCCCGGCAUUCCAAAAUUGACAAGGCCCUGGAAAGCGUCUGGAAACAGAAGCUGUUCGAGCCGGUGGUGAUUCCGGUGGGUAGGCUGUUUCGACCAAAUGAGAGACAAGUGGCUCAGCUUGCCAAGAAGGAUUAUCUGGGCAAGGCUACAGUUGUGGCAUCUGUGGUGGAUCAGGACAGUUUCUCUGGAUUUGCCCCUCUGCAGCCACAGGCAGCUGAGCCUCCACCCAGACCCAAAACCCCAGAGAUUUUCAGGGCUCUGGAAGGGGAGGCUCACCGUGUGCUGUUUGGGUUUGUGCCGGAGACAUCCGAGGAGCUCCAGGUCAUGCCAGGGAACAUCGUCUUUGUGUUGAAGAAGGGCAAUGACAACUGGGCCACAGUCAUGUUCAAUGGGCAGAAGGGGCUUGUUCCUUGCAACUACCUGGAGCCAGUGGAGCUGCGGAUUCAGCCUCAGCAGCCGCCCCAGGAGGAGACCUCCCUGGAGUCUGACAUCCCACCUCCUCCCAGUGCCAAUGCCCCUGGAAGACCUCAGCUGUCACCAGGUCAGAAACAAAAAGAAGAGCUUAAGGAAGUAAGGCUCAGUGUUCCCACACCAUACACAAUCAAGGUGCACUACAAGUACACAGUGGUCAUGGAGGCUCAGCCCGGGCUCCCCUGCAGCCAAGUCCGGGACAUGGUAUCUAAGAAACUACAGCUGCUGCCAGAGCACACUAAGCUGAGCUACCGGCCUCGGGACAGCAAUGAGCUGGUGCCUCUUUCUGAAGAAAGCAUGAAGGAUGCCUGGAGUCAAGUGAAUAAGUUCUGCCUGACUCUCUGGUGUGAGAACACAGUGGGUGACCAAGGCUUUACACAGGAACCCACAGAAGGUGAAAAACCUGAUAAUAACCAGACACCAGAACCUCAGCUUAAGGAAGGGAGCCAAGUGGUGGCACUCUUUAGUUAUGCAGCUACCCAACCAGAGGACCUGGAGUUCCUUGAAGGAGAUGUAAUCCUGGUGCUAUCCAAAGUGAAUGAGGAAUGGCUGGAAGGAGAGUGUAAAGGGAAAGUUGGCAUCUUCCCUAAAGCUUUUGUUGAAGAAUGUACUGCUGUGGAUUUGGAAAGUACUCCCAGAAGAGGCUAAGAUGGUUCUGGCAACUAAGAAAAGGAGGCUCUAUUAUUUGUAAGACUUACUAUACCUCUGCUAUAACCACAGACAUUACAGUUUGACCAUGUUAAUCUAACUUUUCCUUGUUAAAAUUCAACCUGUUAUAUAACACAAGAACUUGCCCAUGCAGGAAGACGGAGAUGAAUUGUCUGGGAAACGAUGAUGGAGUCUUCUAGGGUGUCAAUAAUCUGUUUUGCUCUAAAUGCUGAGUAGCCAGAUGUGUUUACUUUGUAAAAAUUCACUGGCUUGCACCUCUCUGUAUGGGUAAAACCUCAAUAAAACACUUGCCUUACCAAAAUAAACCAAAACAUCCAAGAAAUUAAA